AUGAUUUCCCACGUCUCCAAGUUUUUCAAGAACACAUCAGGUUUGGCUCCUAGUUUACCUAAAAGCACAGCUUAUUUUUGUAAUGUUUUGAACCAUGUCCAGCUUUCAAUCUUGAAUGUGUUGCCAUUUGUGGAGGGUCGUCUUCCGGUCAAGUAUCUUGGUGUACCUUUGGUUUCAACUCGUCUUACUUAUCAGGAUUGUAUUGUAUUAGUAGAAAGAGUUCGAAAUAGGGUUUUGGAUUGGAAGAACAAAUUCCUGUCUUUUGCUGGUCGUUUGCAAAUUGUACAAUCUGUUCUCUCUUCUAUGCAUGUGUAUUGGGCUUCGGUUUUUAUUCUACCAGCUAAGGUGAUUCAGAAGAUAGAAAAGAUCAUGCGGGGUUUUCUUUGGUCUCAAGGUACUUUACAGAAAGGAAAGGCUAAAGUGGCUUGGGAGGUUGUUUGCCUUCCUAAAACUAAGGGAGGUUUGGGGAUUAGACGGCUAGAUAUUUUUAAUAUUGCUCUUAUGUCCAGCCAUAUUCGUAGUAUUCUCACGUUGAAGGAGUCCCUUUGGGUUCGUUGGGUUCAUACUUAUAAAUUAAAGGGUCAAGGCUUUUGGGCGAUCCCUCUACGUGGAAAUUUGUCUUGGAGUUGGAGGAAAUUGCUUCAGAUUCGUCCUGUUGUUAGACCUUUCUUUUGGUUUAAGGUUGGUAAUGGUGAAAUAGCAAAUGCUUGGCAUGACAAUUGGUGUGAUUACUCUCCUCUUCUUAAUACGGUGACACCUAGAAUUAUUCAUAAUGCGGGAUAUACAUGUUAUCCAAAGUUUCACAUCUUGUUUCUGAUGGUGCUUGGAAUUGGCCUUCUGAGUGGGAUACUUUUUUGGAAGAAUGCUCAAGGUUGCUUAGUGGAUUAUUCGGUUGUUGGUGUUUGGGAUUCGAUCCGGACCAGAGAUGAUCCUGUUCGAUGGGUCCUUUGCUUUGUCCUUUAUGUGCUUUGCAAGCUGAUUCGCAUGCUCAUUUGUUUUUCGAAUGCUCUUAUUCUGAUCAAGUUUGGAAGGGGAUUAGUAUGUAUCCCAUUUUCAGUUUCGGUUUGGGAUGUUCUUAUUGAAGAUGUUAUUCUUUUGGCUAGAAAGAAGAAUGCUGAUAGUCUUAUUGUUCGGUUAGUAGUUUCAGCCUCUACUUAUUUCAUUUGUAAGGAAAAAAAUGAACGUUUAUUUGCUACUUCAACAAAAAAAAAAAGGUCGGCUCAACAACUUAUUCAAGUGAUUGUUACUACUGUUCGCUUAAAGCUCAUGACUUUUCGGUUCAAGCAGAAUUCUAGAGUUCGUCAUCUUUUUGACAUUUGGAAGCUCCCAACUACUUUAGUUAAUGGUGUAUAG